AUGUCUAAACUACUACUACUAGUCUCUUAUCUUUUAAUAAUACUUACUAAUACCUCUUCUUCUUCUUCUUCCCCAACAACCAAUCUCUACACCAAAAUUCCAAGACUAAGUGUCACCGGAGACAGGUUGUUCCUCCACAACCCGGAAACCCUUUCAAAGAUUUCGAUUUCAGAGGAUUUCGAAACAUUUUUCUACAACCAAACAUUGGAUCAUUUCAACUAUAGGCCAGAAAGUUACUCUAUAUUUCAACAACGGUACGUGGUGAACUCUAAGUAUUGGGGUGGCCCUAAUUCUAAUGCUCCAAUUUUUGCUUACCUUGGAGCUGAAGCGCCUAUUGAUGGAGACAUCUCUGAUAUUGGCUUCAUCAAUGAGAACGCCCCUCAUUUUAAAGCUCUCAUAGUCUUUAUUGAGCAUCGAUAUUAUGGGAAAUCAGUUCCAUAUGGAUCAAGAAAAGAGGCACUAAACAAUGCAAGCACUUUGGGUUAUUUCAACUCAGCUCAAGCCCUAGCUGAUUAUGCUGAGAUUCUCCUUCAUGUUAAGAAAACAUAUCAAGCUUCAUAUUCUCCCAUCAUCGUUAUUGGUGCAUCCUACGGUGGAAUGUUAGCAUCAUGGUUUAGAUUGAAGUAUCCUCAUGUAGCCCUUGGAGCUCUGGCAUCAUCAGCUCCAAUUCUUUAUUUUGAUGAUAUCACACCACAAAAUGCCUACUUCUCAAUCGUCUCUAAAGACUUUAGAGAAGCUAGUGAGAGUUGUUACCAAACCAUACUGAAGUCAUGGUCCGAAAUCGAUAAGGUUGCAGCCAUGGCUGGUGGUCUUUCAAUACUUAGCAAAAAGUUCAACACUUGCCGGCCUUUGGAGUCGUCAUCAGAGCUGAUGAACUAUUUAGCAGGAGUGUAUACGAGUGCAGCACAAUACAAUAGUCCACCAAACUAUCCAGUUAGUAUAGUGUGUGGAGGAAUCGAUGGAAUAAAGAAUAAUAAUAAUAAUAAUAAUUACAGUAUUAUCGAUCAAAUAUUUUCAGGUCUUUCUGCUUAUUUGACCAAUAGGUCUUGUUAUGUCAACAAACCUCAAAAUCUUACCGAAACUGAUGAGGGUUGGGAUUGGCAGACUUGUAGUGAGAUGGUAUUUCCAAUAGGCAUUGGUAACGAUACCAUGUUUGGUGAAGCUGAGCCGUUUGAUCUACAAGACUUCAUCAAGGGAUGUAAGGACUACUAUGGAGUUCCACCACGUCCUCAUUGGGUCACCACUUACUAUGGAGGCCAUGAUAUAAAGCUUAUACUAAAGAGGUUUGGAAGCAACAUAAUAUUCUCCAAUGGACUCAGAGACCCUUAUAGUAGUGGCGGGGUCUUGGAAAACAUAUCAGACAGCAUUUUGGCCAUCAAAACAACCAACGGGUCUCAUUGUUUGGAUAUUCUUCCAUCAGAAACAAGUGAUCCAGAUUGGCUAGUGAAACAAAGGGAGAUUGAGAUAAAGAUCAUCAAAAAAUGGAUCACUCAAUACUAUGCUGAUCUUACAUCUUUUUGAAUAUUUA